AUGUGUCAGUCAUGGAUUGGAGUAAAAGCGAUUGCACUUGAUGCUGAAGAGGGCGUGACUGAGGAUUUUAAUGAAGCCGUCCCUGAAAAAAAAAGGCUAGACAGUAAUGCGUUGAAGGCACGAGUGCAGCUUUCAGUGAAGAGUAAAAGACACAGGCCCUCACGAGCCAGGCUGCAGGACAGUGUCAGCUCCACUGAUGGGAAGGACAGCCUGGAGAGGAGGUCUUCUAUGGGGGAGUUUCCAUGUGUGGUUGCAAGUGAAGUGGCGAUGCGCGUGCACAUGUGGAGAGAACAGCUCGAGAGGAAAAAACGGAAAAAAGAGAGGGAUAGGGCUUCGGCUGGUUCUGGCAGCCUUUUGCGUAGUGCCGGGUCCCCUCUCCCUGCGACUCUGAGAACCUGUUCACCUGCAUCAGACUCAGGUGCCUCACUGUCCCCUGCAACCCUCUCAUCUGAAUAUAUACCAGAAAACCAGGAGGAAGGGCAGGAGCACCAUCACCCACAGCAGAAUAAAGAAAGGGAAAAUCUUCAGUCUCCAGUGCUUUCCAGCCCUUCCCUUGGACAGGAAGAAAAGGCUAAAAGAAAGCUUAUUGGCCUUGGGGCUCCCCAGCGAUGGAGCGCUGGCAACGGGAAGAAGGAAAGACAGAAUGAUAAAGAAGCUAAAAGCUUAUCAUCUGAAAGCAGGGCUUCUAAAGAGACCCAGGAACACUCUGUGAGUACAACCUCCUUAGAGGGAGCGAUCUCCUCCCCCCUGCGCCCUUGUGUACUGAUCCCCUGGUUUGGAGAAGGGGCCAAUUAUUCCACAUCAUCAAGCAACUUUCCCUCUCCCAUCAGCUCGACAGAGCCUUCCUCUGAAAACAGCCCAGAAAAACACAAAGCCAAGUGGAUGCGUGCACUGGAUGAAGACGUCAUCAACCAGCUGAAGAAAGAGGGCAUUCCCCAACUAUGGCAAACCUUUCCAGGCCGUGUUCUCCACCUUUGCACUGCAAAGCUGUUGUCAGUUUUUGGUUCAACCUAUACAUGCGAACAGACAUUCUCUGUGAUGGAAAACGUCAAAAACAACAAACGGAAUAGGCUGACAGAUAGAAACCUCACUGCUGAGAUUCUUGAUGAGGGCCAGUCACCGAAAUACAACCAGUGGCAGAAUCGAACCGUUCUCGAAUGGAGCUGCCAACAGGUUUCACAUUGGUUGAUGGGGCUGAACUUGGAACAAUACAUACCGGAGUUCACUGCCAAAAACAUUGAUGGGAAGCAGCUUCUUCAGCUAGAUGGGAGCAAACUGAAGGUAUUAAUGUUAUCAUAUUAA